UCCUUUCCAUUUGUGAUGAUAAAGAAGAAACAUGCAUGGCAUAUUUCGCCAACGAGAGCAGUUGAAGAAUGUAGCAUACUAGAUAAGGUCGAAGCGGGCCUUGCAAAGGCACGAGCGGUGAUAAGAGAAGCUGCCUUGAAUGGGAAGCUGUUAUCAUCACCUGAACCAGACCCGGACUAUGUUCCACGGGGCCCAAUUUACAGGAACCCCCAUGCGUUCCAUCGGAGUUAUUUAGAAAUGGAGAAAGUGUUUAAGAUCUUUGUUUACAAGGAAGGUGAGCCACCGCUUUUCCACGAUGGUCCUUGCAAGAGCAUAUAUUCCAUGGAAGGAAGGUUUAUUCAUGACAUGGAGAUGGAAAACCAGUUCAGGACAAGAGAUCCAGAACAAGCUCAUGUUCGUUUCCUUCCAUUCAGCAUCACCAAUAUGGUUCACUUUCUUUACCAGCCCAAGUCCUUUGAUCUCGAUCCCAUCAAACGGACCAUUGUAGACUACAUUGACAUCAUUUCCCACAGAUAUCCUUAUUGGAAUCGAAGCUUUGGAGCUGAUCAUUUCAUACUUUCUUGCCAUGAUUGGGGGCCACAUGCAUCAUCUGCCCUUUCAUAUCUCUACCACAACUCCAUCCGGGUCCUAUGCAACGCGAACAGCUCUGAAGGAUUCAACCCUUCCAAAGAUGCAUCCCUACCAGAGAUCAAUCUCAAGACAGGUGACACUGUGGGCUUCAUUGGCGGCCCAUCCCCAUCUCGCCGUCCGAUCCUCGGUUUCUUUGCUGGAGGAGUGCAUGGUCCCAUUAGACCGGCGCUCCUGAAUCAUUGGAAGAACAAAGAUGAAGAUCUCCGUGUGUACGAGUACCUACCGAAAGACAUCUCUUACUAUGACAUGAUGAAGAGUAGCCGGUUCUGCAUAUGCCCGAGUGGGUAUGAAGUUGCCAGCCCGAGGAUCGUCGAGGCCAUCUACUCGGAGUGUGUCCCGGUCAUAAUCUCUGACAACUACGUCCUCCCAUUCAGCGACGUUCUCAACUGGAAGUCGUUCUCGGUGCAGGUCUCGGUCGGUGACAUCCCCAAGCUGAAGAGCAUCUUAAUGGGAAUAUCUCAGCAGCAGUACAUACGGAUGCAGCGGAGGGUGAAGCAGGUGCAGCGGCAUUUCGUGGUGAACAACCCACCUAAGAGGUUCGAUGUGUUUCACAUGAUCAUUCAUUCAGUGUGGCUUAGGAGGUUGAAUGUACGCGUGGCCCACCAUCCAAACUGCUGAUCCACACAAGUGGAAUUGAACCAUCCAACCUCCUUCAAGCAAAUGUUAAAAAGAAGAAAGAUAUGUGCAUGGUGUGUUGUAGUUUUAUGAGUUCGCAGAUAAAAGAAGUGAAAACACUGCCAGUGAUCAGUCAUUCUAUUGCUAGUUUCAUUUGGUUGAAA